UAUGUCAUCAGCCCGCGCGGAAGGUAGCCGUGGUACAGUAGCGGUACUAGCUAGGUGGGUAGCUUCGAAGCAGCUAGAACAUCAGGUUGCGCCAUCGCUCAUAAUCAACCUGUACCUGUUGCACAUCUGCACGACAUAUUCACAGACACCACACAUCACACACCACACUCUCAACCUCGCCACCCUCUCCCACGAACCAAAACAGAAAACAUACGAACCCUUUCUACCGAACAAUCUACUCAGUCCACACACAGACUCCCGCCGCCGUCCAUCAUCGCAAUUGACCCCACCAAAACACACCCCGCGCGAACCCCCACCCCCUACAUCACGUAAACCUCCUCCACCCAAACCACCACCAAAGGAAAACGAAAACAAAAGAGAAACGCAAAAAAAGAAAGAGAAAAAAAGAACAAUGUCCCAACGCCCCUCAACCCGCCCCCCUCUAGCCGGCCCCUCCACCGUCCUCCCCCCUUACCCGCUCAAGCUCCGAGGCCCAGUAAUAAAAGGCUUCGGCCGGGGCAGCAAAGAACUCGGCAUCCCGACCGCAAACAUCCCACUCUCAGGGCUGUCGGUUGGCGGAAACUCGGACCUCGAGUCCGGCAUCUACUACGGCUACGCGGCGCUGGACCACAGCAGCAUCCCCGCGUUGACGAGCAACGACGCCGUGCCCAGCGCUACAGACGAUACCAGCGUGCCUGUGGAUGGGAGUCGGAAUUUCGCCGUCAAGGAUCUAGAAGAGGAACAACAAGGAGGAGAGGAAGAAGGGAAAGGGAGAACGGUGUAUCCGACGGUGCUGUCGAUUGGGUAUAAUCCUUAUUAUAAGAAUACGCAGCGCAGCAUUGAGAUUCAUCUUUUGCAUUCAUUUGAGAGGGAUUUUUAUGGCGCCACGCUGAGUUUGGUCAUUUUGGGGUAUGUGAGGCCGGAGUACGAUUAUGUUAGUAAAGAGGCGCUGGUGGAGGAUAUCAGGGAGGAUAUUAGGGUUGCGCAGAGGAGUUUGGAGAGGGAGGCGUAUAAGGGGUUUGCGGGGGAUGAGUGGUUGGUUGGGGAGGCGUGA